CUCUAAUUAAGUUUUCACAUAUCAUAUUUAAUUCAAGAGCACAAGAUUAAAAUGCAUUUGGCUACUUUCUGCGCAUCUUUAAUUUAAAACCACAUUCUUUAUUUUCAAUUCUCGUACGUCAAAAUCAGACAAACAAAUUGAAACAUGAGCAAAGCUUACAAGUAACAUGUUAGUAACGCCUUCAUUCAAUUUUGGUCGUCACUAUUCGAAUAAUUUGUCCUUUUUCCAUUAUUAGUAUGCUUUGCCUUAGCUUAUUAGUCUUAUGUUUUGUGAAUGUGAAUCCCUCAAGUCGUUCUAUAGUCCAUAUAGUUGGCGGGUCGUCGUCUCCAUUUUCCACACGCCACCUUAAAGUCAAAAAAUUGGAACAGCAAAACAUCAGACCAAAAAAAAUGGGAAUAGUUGGAGAAGCUCACAAGGUUAGAGUUCUGGGCGCAGGCGAGAAGACAAUAGUCCUCGGCCAUGGCUUCGGCACCGACCAAUCUGUCUGGAAACAUCUUGUCCCUUACCUCGUCAAUGAAUAUCGUGUUGUACUUUACGACAACAUGGGUGCUGGAUCGACGAAUCCUGAGUACUUCGAUUUUGAUCGAUACUCUUCCCUUGAAGGUUAUGCCUAUGAUUUAAUUGCCAUUUUGGAGGAACUUCAAAUCAAUUGUUGUGUGUACUUGGGACAUUCCUUAUCUUCCAUGACCGGUGUUGUUGCUUCUAUUUUUCGUCCUGACCUCUUCUCCAAACUCAUCCUCGUUUCUGCUUCCCCAAGGUUCAUAAAUACGGAUGACUAUUAUGGAGGAUUCGAAUCGGAAGAGAUAGAGCAACUGUGUCAAGCGAUGGAAUCGAACUACAAGGCAUGGAUAUCUGGGUUUGCGCCACUAGUGGUAAGUGGCGACAUGGACUCCGUAGCAGUACAAGAAUUCAGCAGGACCUUAUUCAACAUGAGACCAGACAUAGCACUCAGCGUUUUCCGCACUGUUUUCACGUUCGACCUAAGGCAUUUUUUGUCCCGCGUUACUGUACCUUGCCAUAUCAUACAAAGCUCAAUGGAUAUGUCAUUGCCAGUCAGUGUUUCCGAAUAUUUACACAGAAAUCUGGGCGGGAAGUCGAUUGUCGAAAUCAUGUCAACCGAAGGUCAUCUUCCGCAUUUGAGCGCACCUGAGGCUACUAUUCCCGUAUUGCUUCGACACAUUGCGCAUGAUAUUACUGCUGAUGGUGAUGCUUAAAUUCUUACAUACUGGACUAUUCUGAACUUUUUGUAAACAAAUAAAGGAUAAUGAAAAUCUGGGGGCGUCCUUUCAAUUACUACUACUCACGUGAUAGUGUCAAAAAAUGGCCAUAUAUAUAUAGACACUACUUCUAAUAUUAAGUUGCCAAUUUUUUGUUUUUCA